AUGUCGACAAACUCGAAGUUGGAGAAUGGACAGAUUGAUGCAAGUUUAUCAUACGAUAAACUGAAUGGUGGCUCAAUAAGUAACAAUGGAAUAUCUAAGAACGAUGUUUCUGAUCAAUCGAUGCCUUUUAAAAUGCCGCGUGCUCCACCUCAUGUUUAUUCGUGUUUUGUUGUUAAUGGGACCGCACAAUCUAUCGAGUGUACUCUACAGUAUAGUGGUCGUCCAGGAGAAGAAAAAUUUGAUCAACUGGUCAAUGUGACUAUUCCUGCUAACUCAGAGCAUUAUUUCCCUCGGCAAUUUUUUCAACCCGAUCUACCUGAAUCAUACUGUAAGUGGGUUAAAAUAGUUACACACGUUAAAGUGAUAAAGGCAAAUGGGAAAAUAUUGGAGGUUGAAUAUCCAUUUGAACACGUUCAAUAUCCUAUUCGAAAUUGGGAAUUUCAUGUCCAACACGAUAAUGAAAUUCUGUCAAAACCUCCAACCCGUAUAGUUAACGUACUCAAAUACGAGAAUCUUGAUCAAUAUGAAUGCUAAAUAAGGAGAACAGAAGACAAGUUUCUUUUAUCCUUUUCUGUAUUAAUUUUUCAUUCCAUGAAGUCAAUCAAUCUUGUUUUUUGUAGUCUGAAUGCAUGAAUAAUUCAAAAAGUUCAUAUAAAUCUCUUGUGUUAAUUUAAUUUUCAAAUAAACUCUCUAUUAAUUCUUCCUUAAUCUACAAUACCGAGUAUUCCAAAAAUAUCUAUUGAUGUAAAUUUUUAAGAGGGUGUGGAGUGGGUGUGGGCUUGCGUGUCGGUGUCGGUGGGUGCAGACGGAAUAUGGACGUGGGUGUGAAUGUUGGUGUGAUUGUGGGGUGUUUGGGUGGGUGUGGAUCAGAGAUGAGCACUGGAUAGGACGGUCCUGUUGUCCUGGUGCCCUGUCCUGUGCUCAUUUCUAAUAUUUUUUUUUCUUGAAAACUAUGUAAAAUGCAUUAGUUAGAAAAUAUUAAUUGUUGAUAUUUGCUUUGUACAAUGAAAGUAAAAUUAAAACUCUCACUCUUGGCAUUUUACAACCUCUGAAAACGGACUUAAUUGGCAGAAAAAUGGCAAAAAUCGAGACUUCUUGUCCUGUCUCUCGCCAGGACAGAGAUAGCUAGCAGGACAGGGCGCGACAGGAGAGAAAAUCUUGUCCUAUGCUCUUCUCUGGUGUGAAUGUGUGGUGUUUAGAUGGGUGUGGCGGGUGUAUACGCUGAUGCGAGUUUGGGCGUUGCUCUUCCGCCAUCGGCAGCCAUACCAACAUCCACAUAGUCCCACACCCCACGAUGAAUUCUAUAGAGUUCGUACAGUUCUACGUAUCUUAAAUGUAUCUGUGCAAUAUGUAUUUAUGUAAGGCUUGAUAUUAUUUGAUGUCAACGGAUAACUCAAUAAUGGACCAAGUCCGUAGGCUCCACGUAUGACAUGGAUUUGCUUAGAUUGCUUUAUGGGCAAACCUCUAACCGGAAGUCGAAGAUAAAAGUUCUUAUCAGUGAGGCUGAGAUGAAUGUCGAAACUAGCUGCAUCAUUGUUGAAUAAGUUCUACCUUAAAUGGAAAUCCGACCGUCAAAGAUACGCCUGACUCUAAACAAUAGAUUUCAGAAGCAAUUCAAGGGCAUAAUAUUAAUGUCUCUUUAUAAAGCUACGAACAACGAAGCUAUGGACUAAUAGAUACACUCUCACUUUAUAAUAAGGAAUAUAUUCUAACCAAAGGCAAUCACUCUGAAAAAUAAACGAGAAAGUUUCAUUUUGAAGACAAGACAUUGUGUUUUUGAUUGAAAACUCCUCUAAGUCUAGAUAAUCUCUAACGUAGCUCAAACAUCUUAUAGGAUUAGUCAGGUUUCUGGUUCCCUGAAAAAUGAUAAACUAAGCGUUAAAACAGCUCGCCUUGCGUUGAACUGAUUAGCAGUGCUUCAACAUUCAGUCACAUACAAGUGAAAAUACCAUUUGAUAUCUGGAAAAUUUCACUACGUGCGCAGCUUUCACGCUGAAAUCCAUCUUUUUUCCUUUCUAGAGGUAGGUGAGGUGUGGCUGUUGCUGUGGGCGUGUGGGGUGUGGGGGUAGGUGGCUGUGGGUGUGGCAGUGGACGUGUGGGUGGCUGCGGGUGUAGAGAUCAUUCUGUUCCUAACACCC